ACCUUUAUGUUCUUUAAGAUAGUCUUGCUGUUGCUUAUAUCUGAUGACACAAGUCAUUUGACAAUAAGAAAAAGUUUACGUUUUCAGAUCUAGUCAAUCAUCCUGGACAUUACCUUCCCAGCUGCUCUGGUGUUAAACGAGCUAAAUCCUCAUCAGAAAGGACGCCGCCAUGCAUCAAAGCGUGAUCGUCCAUUUUGUGUUUUUGAGAGUGAGUGGUAGUGCCUACAGACAGUCAAAAAUUGUGGGUCUCAAAGGACUUUGUACCUUGGAAACCAACUUGGGGAAUUUGACUGAUCACGUGAUACGUUGGCCCAAGUCCGUUGAAAGUCGCCAAUUUGGGGAGCUCUACUGGUUCCUCACUUUUGAAAAAACCCUUCCAACUCGCUGACUCUCCAAAAUGGAAACAAUGGACAACAACACACCAUCGGCUGCAAAGUGGUUCGACAAAAUGGAAAGCGACGGAAGUGAUUCGGACCCCGUUGGACUCGUCCCUCAUAACAGAGGUUACAAACUGAAGAGAUGGGCGGCUGAUAGGGAUCAUUUUGGAGGCAGUAAGCUUCGAGCACCGCAGACUAUGUCAGAGCAAAUAGACCUUGUAAAAAAUGGAAAGAACAGAAGUGUUAUCAAGCGCCGAAAGAGAAGAUUUGAUGAAGACUUUUCAGAUGAAGAGGAAGAUCCAUAUACCCAAGUGAAGGUUGAAGAUAUUUUAAGUCCCAUCGAAACACCCUCCGAUAUUGUUCGUCGACCAACUUUGCGACGAAUCUUAAAGUCGCCUCAAAUGGAACUGCUGGCCAACACCAGCAUGGAAUUUAUCGAAAGCGAAAAGACAUUCAACAAGAUCUUGUCAAGAUUAUCAUCAAUAUUAUACUGCGACGACCCACAAUAUGUUGAUGUGACAUACGAACGUACAGCUGAAUCUCAAAAUGGUGAAUUCGGCAUGGAUGUUGACGCAAAGAGUGAUGACAAGGUUAACAAAUCUAGCCCCGAGUCUGUGCAUGCCGGUCGAAACGGACACAAGGGAGAUGCUGUUGCUGAUGAAGAGGCACGACUAAUCCUUGUUCGAGUCCGUGAACUUCUUCAGGAAAACAUAAAUUUUAGCAACGAGUAUCUCAAUAGAUUACGAUCAGCUCGUGCAAAACUUACAAGGACGAAUACCCAGAAAAAACAAUUGUGGAAGCGACUGAAGAUGAAAGCUAUUGAACAAGAGCGAAAGAGAAUUCAACACUUGCAGCAGCAAGCUCAAAGGGAGACAAACGGAGCUGCUAGCGUUCUGUCAUCACUUGCUAGAAACACUUCACCUGGACCUUCUGGUCUAAACUUGUCGUAUACGUAAAUCGACAUGAGCGAAGCUUUGUUGGAAUCUAUUCACAGCUUUUUCAUGUUGUAUCGGGUUAAUAAAUCGUAGCUUCUAGGUUGUUCUGCAUUAAUU